UAAAUUAAUGAAUUUAGUGGAGUGUAAUUGUUAUAAAAUUUUAAUUGUUUGCCCAUUCAACAUCGACUCAACGGUUUGAUUUAAAUAGAAGUUGUAUUCUAUUUACAAAUAAUCUAAUAGUUCUAUUAAUUGUUUGUUAUUGAAUAAUUCACAAUGUCUUUGGCUGAUGAACUUUUAGCAGAUUUAGAAGAUGUGGAUUCCGGAGGUGAGGAGGAAUCCGAAAAAACCGUAGAAAAUCCUAUUCAGGAAGAAACCUUCUCAAAUUUGACUAUGGAAAUUGAUGUGAAAGUAAAAUCUAUAAGAGAAAUUGCUAAAUUGAGAGAUUCUGAGAAAUUAUCAAGAAUUAUGUCUCAAGUGCAACAGUUUAUUUUAAAACCUAGAAGUAGUGAUGAAAUUAUUGGGACUGUAGAAUCAGAUCCAGAAUAUCAAUUAAUAGUUGAAGCAAAUAAUGUUGCUGCUGAAAUUGAUACAGAAAUAAACACUAUACAUUGCUUUGUUCGAGACAAAUAUCAACAACGGUUUCCUGAAUUGGAAUCACUAGUUGUAGCUCCAUUAGAAUAUGUGCAGUGCGUAAAGGAACUUGGGAAUGACUUAGAUAAAACAAAAAACAAUGAGAUACUUCAACAAUUCUUGACACAAGCAACUAUUAUGGUUGUUUCUGUAACAGCAUCCACAACGCAAGGUACAGCAUUGUCAGAAGAAAAUUUGAAUAAAAUGAAUGAAGCUUGUGAUAUGGCACUAGAAUUAAAUACAUUUAAAAAUAAGAUUUAUGAAUAUGUGGAAAGUCGUAUGGCUUUCAUAGCUCCAAAUUUAAGCGCUAUAGUAGGAGCAUCAACUGCUGCCAAGAUAAUGGGUGUAGCAGGUGGUUUGACCAGGUUAUCUAAGAUGCCGGCAUGCAAUGUUUUAGUUUUGGGAGCCCAAAAGAAAAUUUUGUCAGGAUUUUCACAUACCACUAUGUUACCUCAUACUGGAUUUAUCUAUUACUCGGAAGUAGUCCAAGAAGCUAAUCCUGAUUUGAGGCGAAAAGUGGCUAGAAUUGUUAGUACAAAAACAACAUUAGCUGCUAGAGUAGAUGCAGCCCAUGCAAGUCCUGAUGGCACUAUAGGUAAACAAUUCCGUGAAGAUAUUGAAAAAAAAAUUGACAAAUUGCAAGAACCUCCUCCUGUUAAAUUUGCAAAACCUCUCCCCAAACCCAUUGAAGGUGGGAGGAAAAAAAGAGGUGGUAAACGUGUGCGUAAAAUGAAGGAACGAUAUGCAAUGACCGAGUUCAGAAAACAUGCGAAUCGACUUAACUUUGCUGAUAUUGAAGAUGAAGCUUAUCAAGAAGAUUUGGGAUAUACGAGAGGUACCAUUGGUAAAGCAAGCACUGGCAGAAUUCGCUUACCACAAGUGGAUGAAAAGACGAAAGUUAGAAUCAGCAAAACGUUACAGAGAAAUUUACAGAAGCAGCAACAGUGGGGUGGAGCUACCAGUGUUAAAAAACAAGUCAGCGGUACUGCAUCCAGUGUUGCAUUUACACCUUUGCAAGGUUUGGAAAUCGUAAACCCAAAUGCUGCUGAGAGGAAAGUUAAUGAAGCUAAUGCUAAAUAUUUCUCAAAUACAUCUGGAUUUUUAUCUGUUGGGAAGAAGACAACUUAAAUUAUUUUAUUAGGAAACAAAUUAUUAUAAAUCAUGAUACUCAUCUUUAUGUAAAUGAAGAUAAGUAUCAUCUUUAAAAUGAAAUUAUUUUUAUUUAAAAUAACUGAUAAUAAU